AGAAAAGGGGGCGGAUGAGGAGAGGGGGAGGGGAGGUUUUCGCCCGAGAAGAGACCACAGGAACAGAGUUAGAAACACCGUUUUCUGUUCCCGAGAAGCAAGAUGACGCUGCCGGGGAGGAAAGAAAAUAAGGACAAUAGGCUGUGGUUAUCCGCGGUCUUUGCCGCUGUGGAGAGGAGUAUUGUCACAUUGAGAGUGCGGCUGAGAUCGCUAGUACAACGCCAUUUCCUAUUUGGAUACGGGGCCAUCUCCCUCGGAAGGAAUUCUGCCUUGGCUGGCGUUGGGCAUUGUGAGGCUCUGCUGCAGAAAGGAGGGAUGGUCCUCGAGCGUUUCGAUGGCGCCAUGUAAAACUGGUCGUCCCCCGCUUCCACUCACUUUGUUUUCCACACUGCCUCACCACCACCACAACCACGAGACCGGCGGAACUCGUCUCCAUAACACUUCCAUUUAGGCCGGCUCUUACCAACAAUGGCAGACGUCACAAUGCCACAACAGGCGUAUACCGCACCAGCAGCGGUAGACGGUGAGAAGAAGGAACAGUACAUUCAGAAGACUCCCCUUUGGGUGGUGGUGGUGCGCGCCCUUCAGAUCUUCUUUAGCUUCGUCAUCGUCGUCAUGGCUGGCGUCCUUAUUCAUGGGCACGCCAUGGGUCCUAACGGCUUUGCGGUUGUUUGCGGCUUGUUCACUUGGAUCGUGGUCGGUUACAUGCUCAUCAGCGAGAAAAUGACGUCCGCGCACGGGGCAUAUAACAUUUGGGCCGUCCUUUCGCUUGACUUGCUCAUGGUCAUUUUCUGGCUCGCCUCCCUGGGCGCCAAUGCCCAGCUCCGUUCGAGGUUCGUCCACCCGGUCCAGAUCGAGGCCUGCUUCAACGACGGCAGCGCUACCAGCAGCAACCACUGCAUCGUCUCUAGGAGCAUCGUUUCCAAGCGAGCCGCUGUUGCCGGACCCCUGGGUCUUGCUCUCAUGAGCGCCAUUGCCGGCCUGAGCGCCCUCGAGUGGCUGCUCUUCCUCGCAACGCUCAUCUUCCACGGGCACACCUUCCGCCUCUGGCACCAAGAGCACAAGAAGCCCUCCGCCGACAACGCCACGGUCGAGAUGAAGGCACAAGGCACCCCCAUGCUCGGCCCCCAGCAGCCUACCGCCACCCACCCGCAGUACACCGACCAACAACAAUACCAGUCGACCAUGUACCCACCGCAGCAACCCGACGCCGCCUACACGCAAUCGACCUCGCCCCCUCCAUACCCUCCACAACAACAACAACACCCCGCCGCGGCGGCUUACCCUCCUCAACCACAACAACAACAACAGCAGCAGCAGCAGCAGCACCAACCGUAUGGCGUGUAUCCGGACCCGGCCCAGUACCCGCAACACCCGCAGCAGCAGCAGCAGCAGCAGCAACAACAACCGUACAGCCCGCAUGGAACGCCCAUGUCGGGCCAGCCGUACUACCCGCCGCAGCAGCCGCAUCCGUAGGCGGUGGGGAUGUGUCGUGUGUCGUGUGGGGUAUACAGGAGGGGAAGGGGGUGGUGCAUCUCGUGGAGGGUUAGGUAAACGUAGUUGUUGAUUGGGGGGGGUGAGUAGGUAGUGUCGGCAUGGUAUGGAGGGUUGAUGGUGUUGCGGGUUAAUGGCAUGAUGAAAGGUUGGGAUGGUGUUGGAGGAGG